AUGCGUUUCUUGACCUCGCUGUCCGUGGGUGUUGCCCUGGUCGGCGCUGUUGCUGGCUUGGUGACACCAUACAACAAUACUUCUACAGGACUUGGAGACUUCCCAUCCCUCAUCAAUGUUACCACCGAAGACUUGGCUACUGGCUUGGAGGCUGGCCGUUUUACCAGCGUGGAUCUGGUCAAGGUGUAUUCUGCCAGAAUCAUGGAGGUCAACAGCACUCUGCGCAUGGUUACCGAGAUCAACCCUGAUGCUCUGGCCAUCGCUGCCGAAUUGGAUGCUAUGCGGGCAAACGGUACUAUUCUUGGACCUCUGCAUGGCUUGCCCAUUCUUAUCAAGAACAAUAUUGCUACUGCUGAUCAGAUGAACAAUACUGCUGGAUCUUUCGCUCUGCUUGGAGCAAAGGUUCCUCAUGAUUCUACGCUGGCUGCAAAGCUGAGAAAGGCUGGUGCGAUCAUUCUCGGAAAGACCAAUCUCUCGCAAUGGGCCAACUACCGCUCGAACAACAGCACAAAUGGCUGGUCGGCGUAUGGUGGACAGACUGAGGCUGCUUACUAUCCCCACCAAGAUCCCAGUGGUUCGUCUAGCGGUUCGGGUGUUUCUUCCUCGCUUGGUUUGGCGCUUUCUGCUCUGGGCUCUGAGACAUCUGGUUCUAUCCUCUCUCCUUCUGACGUCAACAACCUUGUUGGAAUCAAGCCUACGGUUGGCCUCACCAGCAGAUACCUCGUCAUCCCAAUCUCCGAACAUCAAGAUACUGUUGGACCCAUGGCAAGAUCAGUCAAAGACGCAGCCUACCUCCUCCAAGCAAUCGCCGGCGUCGACCCCAACGACAACUACACCUCGGCCAUCCCCAAUAACGGCAGCAUCCCCGACUACGUGGGCGCCUGCGAUUACUCCGCUCUAGCAGGCAAACGCAUUGGCGUAGCAUGGAAUGUCAUCGACAUCUACGGCCCCAUCGAUGCCCCAGUCAUGACCGCUUUCCAGGAGUCCAUCGCCCUCAUCAAGCGAGCAGGUGCCACCAUCGUCGACGCAAACUUUACCGCUUUCCCUGAAUACGUUAAAGACAACAACGAGACUCUAGUCCUCAACGCCGACUUCUUGACAAAUCUACACACCUAUCUCGGGGAACUGAGUUACAACCCCAUAAACGUCACUGAUCUGGCAGAGGUCAGAAACUUUACUCAUGCGUUUGCGCAAGAAGAUUGGCCAGACCGCGAUACAGCAGUCUGGGACGAUGCGCUGUUCAACCAAGGCUGGAACAACAGCGACCCUCGCUUUUGGGCUGCCUAUCAAGCAAACCUUUACUACGGAGGCGAAGGCGGUAUCCUAGGCGCAUUGUCGCGCAACAAUGUUUCUGCUGUGCUGUUGCCUACCCAACUCUCCCCCGGUAUCCCUGCUUUAGUGGGAUCUCCCGUGGUUACGGUCCCCAUGGGUUUCUAUCCCGCAGACUGGAAUGUCACGUACAACGCCAGAAAGACGUUGGUUGAGACUGGCCCUAAAGUGCCUUUUGGGCUUUCGUUCAUGGGAGAUAAGUUUAGUGAGGCCGAGUUGAUUGGGUUGGCGUAUGCGUAUGAGCAGAGAACCAUGCAUAGAGAUGAUGUGCAGCCGUAUAUUGUGCCUAACAUUGAGUUGGCUGAUUUUGUAAAGUAG